CACGUAAACCCACUCAUCUUUGCCAAACUCUCGAAUAUCUUGUUGGCAAGAGCAUGUCAAGGUACCGGCUGCGUUUCUACCGCACUAACUCUCACGCGCGCAAAACCCGCCGCAUGUGCACAGAAAUAUGUGUAUCUGCAUACAUGCGUACAUGAGGUAAAUCUGGAAAGAUGCACUCAAAAAUGUCUUCACAGUUAUGCGUCUUCAUAAUCAGAUUUGUCUCGUAGAACUAUGGUGGAACUUGCGAGGGUCAGGCAGAGAAGCUGCCCCUCGUUAGCCCCUCGUAGGUUGGCUUCAGUCGAGGGUUACCUUCUGCGCACGGGCCACAGAUGACCGAGAGUUCCGCUUCGGGUCUAAAACCUGUGCAGUAUUCUUGCACAAUUUUCUGUCAGUGAUUUUGAGCGCGCCAGUUCCUGCGUAGACAUCCCCGAAUACACUCCUAUGGCGCUCGAGCCUCUCGAACCCUCUGUCAGUGUUAUCACUUCUCUCCCAGAAGACAGGUGCUUUCGUGUGGUAUGGCAUUCCCCUUCAGUGGCGUAUUCUUACCCUUUGCUUCCUCAGCGUUUCCAACGCAAAACCACUGCACGUUUUAUGCGUCGGCUGACACCCAUUGUUCAACCCAGUCUACCAGUCUCAGAGGUUCACAACCCGAGUCGAGAAACCAGAGCCCGAUUUGGGUGUCCUUACCUUCACUCCGUUCUACAUUUUUCGCGCCCCCUGUUCCAACCGCGCGCGGAGAAGCUCAUCAUUUGUACAGAGUCACUGUCCACCAACAAAUACUUGUAAUGGGAUGCCUGCAACACAUGGUCUAGCCGUGGCCUCUACUUUUUUUUGAUGCCGGCUUUGUCCGAAGGAUCGGCUUUUCUUUGUCGCGUCCACCACAAUGACCCAAGACCGCGGUCCAGCAGCGCGGCCAAGUCUCCUGCACACGCAAAGCAGACUAUUCUGUGCCUGCAGAUGAAGCACUGCAAAAAGCCGAGAUUUCACCCAGCGCCCGUUCUCUGUUGAACCAGAUCUUUCUUGCGGUUCACGAAUUUCCGGCGGAAUCGUCGACGUGACCUUCGAAACGCCGCCUCGGAGGCAUCAGACGUUGCUUCCGGGACCUCACAAAGCAGGCAGCUUUCCGCGCGAAGGUCUGCCUCGUCAAACGUCUGUUGCGUUUCCCACUAGUUCCUUUAGAAUCCAAAGAAGACGAGAAUGCAAGUCCGCACCGCCGGAGUAUGCCGGUGUCGUCCAGGGUCGGCGCGCGGCACUCCAGCGCCUCUCCCUCCGGUGUCUUUCACGGACGCGGCAAGUUCUCCUGUGCGGAAACCGCCAACGGGAACGAACCCGUCUGCGGACUGUUUGCAUGGGUUGGUUUUUCCGUUUUCUCGUGCCGGCGCUGAAACAGUCAGAGGCCACUCGCUCCUUCAGACGAAUCAAGCGGACAAGACGGGGCGAGUCUACAACGGGAAAGACACGCAUGUCUCAUGGUUCAGACCCUUUUCCACCCGGGGUCAUUUACAUGGUGCCUCGCAGAAAAGCUCCACUCGCUCGGCACCGAACGACCGACGUAAAAGCGCAUCCCGCAUCAAUGUGGCCGUCGACAGGUUGACGAGCAACAUUCACGAUAUUUCGGACAUGAGUCCGCAUGUGCUCACGACGGCAACAACGGCUGCAGCGAAGCGCGGCAUGAAGGGCCAUUGGGCAGCUUGCGUUUCCCGUGCGUUCGGGCUACGUCGCGGGUUAAGCGUGCGAGAUGCCGCCCUUCUCUUCACCGCCACUGCCCGCAUGCACGCGCAAGACGCUCGGUUUCUCGACAUGCUCGCCGACGUCCUCCUGACGAAGUUUCGAAAGGUCCAGGAGCAACAGGCCCUGCAGGAGCAACUGCAGGAGCAGCAGCAGCGGCAACGCCGCCGGGACAGCUUGAGAGCAGAGUCGCCGCUUCCGGCUUCUCGAAGCCGUCCUCAAUCGCAUACACUUUCGCCCGAUUCCCCAGGUCUGCCUGACUCUGGUUCGCAAGUUUGCCCGUCGCCUGCGUCUCCUGGAUCGUUCACAGAGUGUUCAUCUCAGUUGAGGUCCGCCUCUGCCCCGUCUUCGCCGUUGCCUGUCGCAGCCACAUCUUCUCGUCUGCCUCCUGCGGCCUCUCCGCCUUCCUUUCCAGUCAUACACCCUGCAAUGUCUCUCCCGUCGGAGUCGCGUGCCGCUGCCUUCUCUCCGUUUGCCAUUUACUCUGUCGCUGUGGCGUGUGCCUCGCUGCGGUACUUCAACGAGGAGCUUCUGACCGCCUUGGCCACCGGCGCAACGCAUGUGCCUCUCUCAGCCUUUAAUGGCUUCGACCUCGUCGGUCUUUUGGCGGCGUUUGCAUCCCUGAACUUCGUGCCUCCACCCGCGUUCCUCAGGCAAGCCCACAGACUUCUUGGAAACGAAAUGCGCCUGUGGACCUCUCGCGUCCAGCAGGCGCUUCACGGCCACCAGAAAAGCCUGGAAGGGCGAGCGCAUGCAGCCGAUCGACCGGGGCAGACUAGCGUGGUCGGGAAGCCGUCGCAUGUGCCGCCACCCCCACAGUUUGGAGAGAGCUUUCCGCGAGGGUGGCCUGACGGUGGCGCUGACGAGAACUGGAAAACCCGUCGCUCUGCGGACUGCACAUCUUCUUCCUGCUCCCCCCUGUCCGGUGGCAAGUGCCGGGAUGAAGAGAGAAUGAGCGAACACACGACCGGGUUUCGAGAAGAACACAGAGUACCCCGAGAACCUCAUUUUGGUCGCGAACUUCCGAUAAUGGACGCUGUGACACACGGGAGUCUUCCCGACCGACAGACAGUGAACGUUGCGUCUGUUCUUCACUCCAUGGCGAAGAUUGCGGAACGCAGUGAAGCGCUGUCCGCACAAGGUCACAGAGAAGCGGGCCGAGAUUUCGGUUUGCCCGCGAGACACGACACCACGGGAGUGAGACAGUUGCGUGACGGAGGUGGAAAGGAACAAACAGAAUUUUUCAAGAUUUGUCUCACGCUCAUCCGGACGCAUUUAUCUGCACACCUCAACAGUGGUCGCAUCUCCGAGAACGACCUCGUUUUCUCAGGCUGCGCCGCCAGCGACGGGACCCCUUUUGCGGCAGAUCAGGCCCAACAGCCUGAACGCGAGCCACACCGAAACGUCGGCGCUUCGCGGCAUGUGGCCGUCGACCCUUCGUCGAGCUUUCUUUGUCCUCGCUACAAUUUUGCGUUUUCCUUAACGUCUCUUCGAGAUAUCUCUGCCAUUGCGUGCGCGCUCAACUUCCUUCCGUCCCUGCAUUUUUUUUCUGCUUUGAAAGAGUCUCAGGGUUCCUCGACUGCGACCUCUUCGGUCGUGCGGGUCAUCCUCGACGACCUGGCCCUUCUGGCGCCUCGCAUUGCAGAGCGCUCUGAAACCACAUCUGCUGCUCCGGCUGAUUUGGGCCCCCCUGCAUGGGCGCCGAGCGUGACGGGCGACUCUUUGUCUUCUGUUUCUUCUUAUCCUCCCCGCUCCUUUGAUUCGAGGGGCGAGGCUCCGGCGACACAAGGCAGCGGCAGGCUUUCCUGUCCGAGAGGGUCCGUUCUCCUCCCUGGGGCUGGUCAAGCUGUCCCUGGUGCCGUCUCUCCGGGUGUCGCAUCUUGCGCGGAUCUCCGCCGUUCGUCGUCUCCUUCAACGUUUCUCUCCCUGCUUGCCAUUGCGCGCGCCCACUCACGACUUCAGCCUCCAGUUCACCCGCAAGUCCACCUCUUGUCCUGUUGUCUCCGCGAAAUGCAGCGACACCCAUCGCUGCUCACGGCCAUGCGCUUUGUCGCGCUCUGGCGCAUCUUCUCCUCGUUGUGUCCGCGAAAUGUGGAGGAAGUCUUCCGGUCUCGUGGCUGUUCUCGGGGCAUUGCUGCAGGCCGGGAAGCCCCCCAGCUGCGCCUUCAGAUGGCGCAUUCUUUCUCUGGAGAAGUCACUGUUGCCGCGACUCCGAAGGAACCGUCCAGCCCUCUCUGGGUGGGCAGUGACCAGGAUGUGGAACGAGUGGCCGCUCUGGGUCGCGCUGCUUUCGGAUUUCUCUGUCAACAUUCCGAGCGACUGAUAUUCGCGUGUACUCUGCCUCAGCUGGCGUCCGUUGCCUCUUCGCUGCUCGCGUUCGAACCGCUUUUCAAGACUGCUGACGCAGAAGAAGUCCGGAGCGCCUACACUGUGCAGGCUACCUCGGUCGCCAACGCGAUUCGCCGCCGCUUAGUGCAGCUGUACCGCAUGCAGGAGGAGAGACCUUUAGGUGCGAUCGGGCAGGGAGACUUCGAUCAGAGAGACGGUUUCGAGGGUGGUGCAUCUGAAGUUUACAGGAGUGAAAUGGAACCGACAGCGCGCAUAAGCAAGUGUAAUGCCUCUGCUGAGGAACUCCCUUAUCCCGAAUGCAUCGAGACUGCACGGCAAAAUGGAGCUCGGGGGAAGCUUUUAGAGCGACCACAGCAAGUUGUGUGGCUCAUGGGAGUUCUAGGCCGCUUCACUCCAGAAAGCGGGCAGUACGCAGCUCUGCCUCUCUUGACUGCUCUUUGCGCCAGCGGCGGGGUAGAGAGCACGCAGAAGUAUCUCAGCUCGGAGAGUCGCAUCUUUGCAAGACCGGACAGCUCGCUGAAAGGGUACCCUCCAAUUUCUAGUGGAAGGAUCGUCCCCGGGCGCGACGGGGGUCCUAAUCGCGCUAACGCAACCGAGAAUCUCUCGCAUGCGUUUGCGUCCACUUGGGUCCAGGGUCUGAGUGCGCAAGAGGCUGCUGUCCUGCUGAGAGCCAUGGCUAGGCUGCACCUGCGGCACAUCCCUCUUCUGACACAGGUUUGUGUCCACAUCUCUGUGCUGCUAGAUACCUCGCUCAACGGCAGUGAUCAAAACGUGGACCAGCAAGAAAGAGGUACACCGAUCGGAGACUCGACAGUGGUGGUUUGUGAUGCCGACAUAGAAAGGAAAUCGACACAAGGGGGACUGAAUCCGGUCUCUGAGCGGUCAAGUGAAGCGCACGAUGGCAGAGCUCAGGGUUUCACCUCUGCUUCAUCGUACGGUUCUAUGACACCCUCGUCUUCUGGACCGUUGUGUGUUUCUGGGCAUGCGAGUUCGUCGUCGCUUGCAAGCAUCCUGCUUGCUCUUGCCAAGUUGGCAUUUCAUCCUUUCUUUCUGUCGGGGCCAAACGCUUGUGCGCUGCGAUCGUCUGCCUUGCCUGUGUCUCGCAUCAACGGUAUGCCGCCCAGCGAGGCACAACCAGACGCAUCUCGCUCCGGUAUUUUUGGUGUACGCACACUGCAGCCAGUUACCCAAGGCUGCACACCGGACUCGGCAGCUGCCUCGGCCUGGACAGCCGUUUUGCGCAGCCUAACUCUCCGUUGCGAACGGAUGUCGCUCGAUUUUUCGGCCUCCAAGUCGCCUCCAACAGAGUCAGAAGGGCAGACGUUUCCGGAACUUGGAAGUCAACGGUGCGCUUUAAUGCGAAGCAACACAGAUUCAGUGGCACAUGUCACAGAAGAGCCAGUGACACUAUUCACUGCAGUGAAUGCUCUAUACGCGUUGGCGUUGGUUGAUUUCGAUUCCUGUUGUGUCAAGACCGUCCAAAACGGGAAUCAAACGCCUCCACCAUGGGAGAGUUUUGGCGAACAUGGCGCUGCACAGUCCACCUCUGCUGAGCUUUGCGAAGGCUCCAACAGGGGGAGGGCUGAACGAGCUGGAGAACAUCUUUUUUCGGAGGCUAUUGCAGCUCUGGUAACUGUCUGCAAGGGCCACUUGUUCACCAACGGGACGCGAAACCUGAGCACGACGCCCUCGGCUGUCCAGACAGAGGGUGAGUGCGGGAGCAACAGUGAGGAAGCGGAGUUUGAAGGCAGGCUCUCCGAAAAUGCAGUGAAAGACGUCGCGUUCGAAGUGGAUACGUUUGAUGCUGGUGGAGGGGAAAGGGGGACAUCCGAGAUAUUCGGUCAGCUCAUCGCUGUACAUGCCUCUCUAGAACGGCUGCAGGCGAGUCACACCGCCACUUGUCGCUCCCGAGGAGCAGCGGCAACGCAAGAGGGGAAUGCGGGAUGCCCACCUUCCUCUGCCAAGGCAGUCUGUGAGCCUCAGCAUCAGGGCCCUGUUUCUCCCCAGACGAUGGAAACAUUGAAAUUGGCGAGGAACCGAGGAGAAAACGUCCUCCGGACCGGGCGCAUGCCGAGUCCAGCCACACUGGCCACUUCAGCGUUCCAUCGACAGGCCAUGAUGGCUCUUGAAGCGACUCUCCCCGAAGAGAGGUUUUUGACCGAAGUUCCAUUUCUCAGCGGCGUCUUUUUUAUUGAUUGCGUUUUGCACGAACGGAGUCCACCGGUGGCGAUUGAAUUCGACGGCCCGCUUCAUUUUUACCAUCCGGCGUGCUACUCUUGCUCAACGCCCCGGCACUCGGAGGUCGACGGUAGCGAAGCCGAGGGGAGCGCGCAGGUGGUUUUUUACGACUUUGAAGAUUUCGACCAAGUCAGCAAGAUUUCGUCCCAUAGCGUGGAGGGCGGCACUGGACGCUCGGUCCGAGAAGAUCGGAUGCACCAUUUCGGAGCCGAUACAAAGAGACAAGCGUGUGACCCGAGCGACAAGGAAAAAAGAAUGACAUCUCAGCAUCAUCGAUGGAGAGGAUUGAGGGCUGCGCAGUACACGAGUUUAAGCCUUUUUAAGCAGAGGCUUCUGGAAAGACACGGUUUCCGAGUGGUUCGGAUUGCCUACUCGGACUGGAUGAGACUGGACGGCGACCUGGAGAAGCAAAGGCACUUUCUUCUGCGAAAGAUUGGCACUGCUCCAGACUGAUAACUAGAUUUUUCCGUUUCCAUGUCCGAGUCUGCACUGUACUGCGUUGUGUUUGGGCCGUCCCGAUGCAGACUUUCUGUGGAGUACAUCCGGCUAGACAAACGCGGGCGAAAGCAAAGGCUCGCAUCUCGUGUCGGUUCACCAAAAACUCAAUCUAUAUUUCGGACCUUUGGAUGAGGUGACGUUCCCUCGUGUGCUGAUGAGUCAGCACUUGGUAUCCGGCAUGUGCGGUUCAGCCGAGCGAUUCCUGGGCCCCAGAGCCUUGUUAAGAGUCCGCUGUCAAUGGAUCUCACACGACCGCCCGACGGGUUUCUAUCGCGUAGCCAAGUGCUAGUGACAGCGGGGCACACGUGGUGCAACCAGAGGGAUCUUCAGAACUGCAGCUUGUUUUCUGUGUUCUGCAGGCCCAAAAGAGAACUGCGGGUGUUCCUAGCGUCGCCAGUGCAGUUGCGUACGAACCAGGGCAGGAUGAGCCGAAGCGGACUGAGACUGUACCAAACACCUGUCUGUUUCCGCUUCUCAUGCGUGGUCCCUGUAUGUAUCCUGUCGAGAGCGAUUCAUGUCGGUUGUCGCGUUCAUGCGUCGACGGUGUACCUAGAACCUCAGCUGGGCCUGGACGGCAGGGAUGUGACCCAAGACUGUGCCCGCAUGCAAAGUUUCAUCAGGCCCGCAUGCAUCUCGAAUCACAUCAAUGAGAUGAAUCGCACGCGAACUGUGCGAGACACUUCAUUAUCGUCUAC